UUUAGCCAGUCACCGGAUCGACAACGCACACAACGCAAGUAACUGUCGUUUAUUCCUUCAUUUCAUUUCCGCGCGCCGUCUAGGGUUUUCCAAGUGCCGUUAUUGGUGGCUGGCCAAAACCUUCCUGGGCUUCCUUAUCUCACACACUACUCAGAAUCUUCAUCCUGAUCGAAUCUAUUACAGUAGAGCUUCACUGAUCACUUACAAUGGAAUCUGAGAGGAAAGUUGAGGUGGAAGACCCUGAGAAGAAGAAGAAGAAAGAAGAGAAGGCAAGAGAAAAGGAAUUGAAGAAAAUGAAAGCUCUUGAGAAAGCUGCUAAGCGUCAGGAACAGGAACAAAAAUCAUCUAGUAAUACCUCUAAAAAAAGUGAACGGAAGAAUGUAAGGCGCGCAGGCGAUGAGAACCCUGAAGAUUUCAUAGACCCUGAGACUCCUUCAGGUCAGAAGAAACACAUGUCUCGUCAAAUGGCAAAACAGUAUAGUCCCCGUUCGGUGGAGAAAUCGUGGUAUGAAUGGUGGGAGAAAUCAGGGUUCUUUGUGGCAGAUGCCAACAGCUCCAAAUCACCUUUUGUCAUUGUACUGCCUCCACCAAAUGUGACAGGUGCUCUCCACAUUGGUCAUGCCCUCACAGCUGCAAUAGAGGACACAAUUAUUCGUUGGCGUAGAAUGUCUGGAUACAAUGCACUGUGGGUGCCUGGGAUGGAUCAUGCUGGGAUUGCAACACAGGUAGUUGUGGAGAAGAAGAUAAUGCGUGAAAGGCGUUUAACUAGGCAUGAUCUAGGUCGCGAGAGAUUUAUAUCGGAGGUCUGGGACUGGAAAAACAAGUAUGGGGGUACAAUAUUACAGCAAUUACGUCGUUUAGGAGCCUCUUUGGAUUGGUCUCGUGAGAGCUUCACGAUGGAUGAAAGAAGAUCAAAGGCUGUGACUGAGGCUUUUGUGAGACUAUAUAAGCAGGGCCUUGUCUAUAGGGACCUUCGUUUAGUGAAUUGGGACUGUGUCCUACUAACAGCAAUAUCUGAUAUUGAGGUGGACUAUAUUGAUAUUAAAGAAAGGACGCUGCUAAAGGUUCCUGGAUAUGAUAAACCAGUGGAGUUUGGAGUUUUAACAAAAUUUGCAUAUCCUUUGGAAGGGAACCUCGGUGAAAUUAUUGUGGCCACAACUCGAAUAGAGACCAUGCUUGGCGACACUGCUAUUGCUAUUCAUCCUGAUGAUGAACGAUACAAGCAGUUUCAAGGGAAAUUUGCAAUCCAUCCAUUUAAUGGUCGAAAGCUUCCUAUAAUUUGUGAUGCUAUUCUUGUUGAUCCAACUUUUGGAACUGGGGCUGUUAAGAUUACCCCUGCUCAUGAUCCAAACGAUUUUGAGGUUGGAAAACGGCACAAUCUUGAGUUCAUUAAUAUUUUCACUGACGAUGGGAAAAUAAAUACCAAUGGAGGCUCUGAAUUUGUGGGUAUGCCACGAUUUAAAGCUCGAGAGGCUGUAUCAGAAGCAUUACAGAAGAAGGGCCUUUACAGAGGUUCUGAAAACAAUGAGAUGCGCCUUGGUGUAUGUUCAAGAAGCAAUGAUGUUGUGGAACCCCUGAUAAAACCUCAGUGGUAUGUCAGGUGCCAUGAUUUGGCAAAAGAAGCUCUCCGUGCUGUCAUGGAUGAGGAAAACAAAGAGAUAGAAAUUAUUCCAAAACAAUAUUCAGCUGAUUGGAAGAGGUGGCUUGAAAAUAUGCGUGACUGGUGCAUUUCUCGACAGCUAUGGUGGGGUCACCAAAUACCUGCAUGGUAUGUCACAUUAGAGGAUGACAUCCUGAAGGAAUUUGGUGCUUACAUUGAUCACUGGGUAGUGGCAAAAAGUGAAGAGGAGGCCCAGAAGGAGGCUAGCCGGAAGUAUAAUGGAAAGAUGUUUCAUUUGAGUCAGGAUCCAGAUGUUCUUGAUACAUGGUUCUCCUCUGGUUUGUUUCCACUAUCUGUUCUGGGCUGGCCUGAGGAUACAGAAGACCUAAAGGCAUUUUAUCCAACUUCUGUUCUGGAAACUGGUCAUGAUAUUCUCUUUUUCUGGGUUGCACGCAUGGUGAUGUUAGGAAUGAAGUUGGGUGGUGAUGUGCCUUUUAGAAAGGUUUAUUUGCAUCCCAUGAUUCGAGAUGCACAUGGUCGCAAGAUGUCUAAGUCCUUGGGAAAUGUUAUUGAUCCCAUUGAAGUGAUCAAUGGCAUAUCUCUGGAUGGUCUACAUAAGAGGUUAGAAGAAGGGAACUUGGACCCAAAAGAAUUAGCUAUUGCCAAAGAAGGUCAGACGAAGGACUUUCCAAACGGAAUUGACGAGUGUGGUGCUGAUGCUCUCCGUUUUGCGCUUGUCUCAUACACGGCUCAGUCUGACAAAAUUAACCUAGAUAUCCAAAGGGUUGUUGGGUACCGGCAGUGGUGUAAUAAAUUGUGGAAUGCAGUACGAUUUGCUAUGAGCAAGCUUGGAGAUGAUUAUACUCCACCCACAAAUUUGACUCCCAAUGUUCUUCCAUUUAGUUGUCAGUGGAUACUCUCUGUGUUGAAUAAAACAAUAUCAAAGGCAGUGAAGUCUCUAGAAUCAUAUGAGUUCUCCCAUGCAUCCACUGCUGUGUAUUCUUGGUGGCAAUAUCAAUUGUGUGAUGUCUUUAUUGAAGUGAUUAAACCUUAUUUCACCGGUAACGACCCCAAGUUUACUUCUGAAAGACGUUCUGCACAAGAUACUUUGUGGUUUUGUCUUGAGAUUGGCCUGCGGUUGCUUCAUCCCUUUAUGCCCUUUGUCACGGAAGAAUUGUGGCAGCGCCUUCCUUCACCAAGGGAAUGUAAGAAAGCAGAAUCAAUCAUGAUAUGCAAUUAUCCAACAGCUGUGGAGUGCUGGAUCAAUGAAGUGUUGGAGAAUGCUAUGGAUCUUGUGGAGUCUGUAGUCAAGUCUCUCAGGUCUUUGGCAAAUGAAAGACGGGACAGGCGGCCUGCUUUUGUGCUCUGCCGAACACAGGCAGUUGUAGAGAUUAUUAGCAGCCAUCAAUUGGAGAUUGUAACUCUAGCAAAUCUAUCAUCUUUGAUAGUGAUCAAUGAAAACGAUGCUAUUCCUUCUGGGUAUGCUGUAUCAGUUGUGAAUGAGAACCUCUCUGUUUAUAUGGAGCUGCAAGGAACUAUUUCUGCUGAAGCAGAGCUAGGAAAGAUCAAGAAGAAGAUAGAUGAGUUCAGGAAGCAAAAGGAGAGGUUGGAGAAGACUAUAAAUGCUUCAGGUUACAGAGAGAAGGUUCCACCCCAUAUUCAACAAGACAAUGAUUCGAAGCUUGCUUCCCUUCUGCAGGAGCUCCUAUCCCUUGAGGAAGCUGCCGGCCAUAUUGAAUCACAAGAACGAAAGUAACUUGUUACAUUUUCUUGAUUCUGGAAAAAUCAUGCACAAAGGCUUCCCAGUCAGUGCCAGCAUCACUUAUAGUUUGUAUUUUUAUAGGCCUUAUUGUUUACCAUCUAUUUAUCUCUGAAUUAUUUCAAAUUUUGAUAUUCUUUUGGUUGUUUUGAGAUGAAAAUAUUCACACCUCAUUUGUCAGAAUGACGUGCUUGGCUCUCUUAGUCUUGCUCCUCAAGUCAAAAUGGAAUGUAGAAAUAUUUAUAAUUACCAUCUUAAAAUGGAUACGAAGGCUAUGAAAUUAAA